AUGACCCCUCCUGCUGGCUAUCAGAAGAAAAAGAAAGAAGGGGAGAAAUUUUGCUGCUACGAUUGUGAUCCAUGUUCCGAUGGGAAGAUGUUAAACAUGUCAGCCAAGAGAAAACAGGCAGGGGAGAUCUUAUCCCUGGUGAUUUCCAUUGACUGCGGUGUGCCUCUCCAUCAUGCUUUGCUAACCUUUUUGAUGCGAAUCCAUCUAGACCCAAGCAAGCCUCUUCUGGAGACCAUGCUGAGGGUAGUGAUCAUACUCUGGUUGCUAAUUGACAUCAAGGGCCAGGCAGAAGCUACAUCUUGCCCCAAAAGUGACCCUUCUCCUAUCCUUCAUGAAUGGUAUAAGCCAGGGGAACUCCUCAUCGGCGGGAUCACAGCUCAGAUUGCCUAUAUCAACUCAAACCCAAGAUUCUUGUCUAACAUUACCCUUGGAUUUUUCAUCUGUGACAACUAUUUUGAUGCUCAGUGGACUUACCGUUCCACUUUGGAAUUGCUCUUCCGAUCAGUUGAUAAGUUGGUUGUCAACUACGGAUGUGCUACCAAUGAGAAUCUCAUUGUGGCCAUCAUUGGUGGAUUUGGUGCUGAUAUCUCAUUCUUCAUGUCUGAUCUCACAAGCCUUUAUAAAAUCCCACAGCUUGCUUAUGGCUCAUUUGCUGCCGAGAAGCAAGGGAGAAAGGUGGCUAAUACUUUUUAUCGGAUGGCUCCCAAUGAAACUCUUCAGGUUGCCGGGCUUAUCCAGUUGCUGAAGCAUUUUGGAUGGACCUGGGUUGGCCUCUUAAUUCUGGAUGAUGACAGUGGAGACAAUUUCUUCCAAGCCCUGGAGCCACUUCUUUCCGAGAACAGGAUCUGCGCUGCUUUUGUGGAGAGAUUUCCUAAGCAAUCCUUUUCCUUUAUUUUUAAAGGUCACACAAUGCCGUGGUUGGCUCUUUAUUUGGUCGACCCCAAAGUCAACACAUUCAUCUUCUACGGGGAAAGCAGCACAGCGAUGCUUCUGUUUCUCUUCAUGAGAUAUAUAGACGAAAGCCUUGGAAAACUCUGGAUUUUGACAGCUCAAGUAGAUCUCACGUUAACCAAUGCUCAUCGACCUUCCGAUCUGCAAUUGUUCGAUGGAGCCAUUUCCUUUGGUAUACACUCCAAUGCUCUGCCAAGGUUCAAUGAAUUCCUUUGGGCCAUCAAGUCAUCCCCAAUCCAACGAAAUAGUUUGUUCAAAGAAUUCUGGGAGCAAGGCUUUGAUUGCUCCUUUUCGGGAAGUAAUAAACCAAUGGGAAGCGAUGCAGCUUGUACUGGGAGGGAAGAUCUGAAAACACUUCCUACACAUUUAUUUGAAAUGACCGGCCACAGCUACAGCAUCUAUAAUGCAGUCUAUGCAAUAGCACAUGCUCUUCAAGGCAUGGAUUUACUUAGGUCUAAAUACAAAAGAGUAGCAGAGAGUACAAGGGAUGGACUUCAAAAGCAAGAUAUCUGGAAGCUUCAUUGGUUUCUUCAAGGCCUUUCAUUCAAUAAUUCCCUUGGGGAAACUGUGUCCAUCAACCAUCACGGAGAAGUGCUUUCUGGAUUCGAUAUUACAAAUGUGGUCAUGUUUCCAAACAAUUCAUACCGCAAAGUGAAAAUUGGAAAGAUGGAUCCCAAAGCACUUGUUGGAGAUGAAUUUGUAAUUCAUGAAGAUUUAAUUGUGUGGCCCAAAUAUUUUAAGAGGGUCUUGCCCCAUUCAGUGUGUAAUGAUCCAUGUCCUGCUGGCUAUCAGAAGAAAAAGAAAGAAGGAGAGAAAUUUUGCUGCUACGAUUGUGAUCCGUGUUCUGAUGGGAAGAUGUCAAACAUGUUGGACACGAUGGCCUGUUCUGAAUGUCCAGAAGACCAAUAUCCAAAUAAGGACAAAGUUCGAUGCAUUCCCAAAACUAUAACAUUUCUAACUUAUGAAGAAGCUUUAGGGAUCAGUUUAGUUGCGGUUACUGCUUUAUUUUCAGUCAUUACUAUGUUCAUACUUGGAAUUUUUAUCAAGCAUAAGGACACCCCUAUUGUUAAAGCGAACAACAAGGAUCUCACCUACACUCUCCUCAUCUCCCUUCUGCUCUGCUUCCUCUGCUCUUUCCUCUUCCUGGGAAAACCUCUCAAACUGAUUUGCUUCCUCCGACAAUCCGUGUUUGGCAUUAUCUUCUCUGUGGCCAUUUCUUCUGUGUUGGCCAAAACCAUCAUGGUCAUUGCUGCAUUCAUGGCCACUAGACCAGGCUCUGGCAUGAGAAAAUGGUUGGGCAAAAGACUGUCCACCUUAAUUAUAUUUCCUGGCUCCUUCAUUCAAGCAGGCAUUUGUCUGGCAUGGAUGAUAACUUCUCCCCCCUUUCCAGAACUCAACAUGAAAUCAAUGGCUGAAGAGAUCAUAGCAGAAUGUAACGAAGGGUCUGUUGUGAUGUUUUAUCUUGUCUUGGGUUACAUGGGGCUUCUGUCUCUGGUCAGCUUCAUGGUGGCUUUCCUGGCUAGGAACCUGCCCGACACAUUCAAUGAAGCCAAGUUCAUCACGUUCAGCAUGCUGGUGUUUUGCAGUGUUUGGUUGUCUUUUGUUCCCACUUAUUUGAGCACCAAAGGAAAGUAUAUGGUAGCUGUGGAGAUCUUCUCCAUCUUAGCCUCUAGUGCUGGGUUAUUAGGCUGUAUCUUUUUCCCAAAAUGCUACAUUAUUUUGCUGAGGCCUGAGCUCAACAGCAAAGGGCAUAUUGUAAAGAAAAAAAACCUCUCAUGA